UGUUGGCAGAUGUAUUGGCCAAAGUUUCUUGUUCAUAAGACCAAGCAAAGGUUGACCAAAAUGACUCAAAUGCGUAUCCGAAUGAGGAAGCUUGCUCUGAAAACUAGGGAAAAGAUUAUGACGACACCGAGGAAAGAAAAGAAGAGAGAGGCUAGAAGGGAGGAAAAAGCAGAAAAGGCGGCAGUUUUGGAAAAGAGUAUUGAGAAAGAGCUAUUAGAACGCCUAAGGAAAGGAGUCUAUGGUGAUAUCUACAAUUACCCUGUCAAAGAGUACGAAAAAGUCCUUGAGAUGGAUUCAUUGCAGGCUGCCAAUGAAGAUGAAGAGGAGGAACCUGAGAUAGAGUAUGUGGAAGGUUACGAUGAACUUGAGGAAGAACUAGAAGAUGAUAUUGAAGAUUUUGGUGGUCUUGCUAUAAAUAGAGUUCAUGCAACUGGUGACAAUGGUGAAGAUGAAGAUGGUGAUGAAGAUGAAGAUGAUGAUGCAGAAGCUGAUCGGAAGAGGGGAAGAAAAGAAUCCUCCUUGGCUUUAAGAAAGGUUGAGAAAGGUGAUGCUGGUUCUAAGCCCAAGAAAAGAGCUAAGGUUCUCGUUGAGAUGUGGUUCUCCAUUUUGAGUUUUGAUGGGGAGGGGGAAAGGGUGGGUGGAAGAGGGUCUUCAUUAGCUCUGAUGAUGGGUUUAGUUGCUGAUGGGUUGAGCAUGAAAAUGCAGAUGAAAGACAAACUGCGGUUCAUUGAGGGCUUGCUCCAAGCCGUCAUGUUUUUGUCCGGCCUGGUAACCCAGAUGGGGGCAGCUGUCUCGGCUUCGAGUGUGGCAUGCUUUCCAGAAUAG